UGUUUGAACACAAAUACGUGGUUUUAUUUUAUUCCGCGCCUGUUGCAUGUUUUUACCGCGGUGGGUUCUCCAAACAAAUCACGAAACAAACACUGCUCUGGCAAAAUUGCGAUAACAAGGAAAAUCAUGUCGGCGAAAUUGGAAUUGAUUGCGGCCGCCUGCCAUAAUAGGGGCAUCGGAUUCAAAGGCAACCUACCCUGGCGUCUCAAAAGCAUGAGAUAUUUGAUGCUCCUUGCCUGUUUGCCUUUUUCUACCGCGGCGGGUUCUCAAAACAAACAACUUGGCGAAAUUGCGAUGACAAGGAAAAUAAUGCCAGCAAAAUUGGAAUUGAUUGCGGCCGCCUGCAAUAAUAGGGGCAUCGGGUUCAAAGGCGAACUGCCAUGGCGCCUCAAAUCUGAACUGGAAUUUUUCACCCGGAUGACAACUAACACUAAGGACGCAGGGAAAAAGAAUGCUGUGAUCAUGGGCCGAAAGACCUGGGAAAGUAUUCCUGCAAAUCAUAAACCCUUGCAAGGGCGCCUCAAUGUUGUCCUCACCAGGCAAAAGGAUUUUGAUCUAGGAGACAAAGGUGUUGUCUGCAAUUCUCUAGAGGAAGCCGUGUCACUUGUGACCUCACCUCCUUACAACGACCAGAUCGAAAGACACUGGGUCAUUGGAGGAAGCGCUAUUUAUGAAGCUGCUCUCAACUCAACCUCCUGCCAUCGUGUCUACUUGACCGACAUUUUGGCCGAUUUUGAGUGUGACACCUUUUUCCCUGAAAUGGAUGAAACAAAAUUCGAAAGAGUCGAAGACCCUGAUGUUCCAGAGGGUAUCCAAGAAGAGAAAGGUAUUUGUUUCAAGUACAACGUAUUCCAGCACAAGUGAUAUUUUGAGCUCGGCUGAUCCGUUAAUUAAAUUCAUAUUAUUUUUGUCAGUAAAGAAUCUCACUAGCAGUGCCAAAAUGUAUUUUGUAAAUUUUAAUGACAAAAGCUUAAAAUAAAUGAAAUUUUUAAAUGAAAGUUU